GCCAACAUCAGGCAGUUCCUGGGGUGAAGCAGGGGGUGGCCAGCCAUCUCCUGAACCAGUUGGGGAGAACACUCUGGGGUCUUGGUCCCAGAGGUUGACUGGGGAGGUUCCUCGAAGAGAAGAAACAGAAGUGAUGAAGGUUGUCCACCUGGACAUGAAGGGGGCUGCUCCCAGGGUAUCUUAUCUGGAACAGCUGUUUCCACUUCUGUCCCAGCUCGGGGCAGAUGCUGUGCUGAUCGAAUAUGAGGACAUGUUCCCUUUCCAUGGGGAACUUGAAUUGUUACGUUCUCCCCACUCCUACAGUAAGCAUGACAUUGAGCGGAUCCAGCAAUUGGCAACACAGAACCACCUGGAGGUGAUUCCGCUGGUGCAGACAUUUGGCCACUUUGAGUUUGUGCUGAAGCAUGAGAAGUUCUGGCUUUUGCGGGAGGUGGAUCGUUAUCCCAGCACCCUGAAUCCCCAUGCGGUUGGGGCAAUGCCACUGCUCCGGGCCAUCCUGGGCCAGGUCCUAGACCAGCAUCCACACGCCCGCUGGCUACAUGUGGGAGCUGAUGAGGUGUUCCACCUGGGUGAGGGUGCAGACUCCCGUGCCUGGCUACUCCGCCAUGGGGAAGAUGUUGGUCACAUGUACUUGAACCAUGUUCGAGAGGUCGUGACCUUCAUGAGCUGGCGCCACCCAGGGCUUCGACUGCUACUUUGGGAUGAUGUGCUUCGAAGACUCCCACCCCAGGCCGUCCAAGAAUCGGGGAUCCCUCAGCUUGCAGACCCUAUGAUAUGGUUCUACGACCCUGACUUGGACACUGACCAGAUUGGACGGAUCAUUGCUAAAUAUGCAGAAAGUGGCUUUCGAGGUGUGUGGUUUGCCAGCUCCUUCAAAGGUUCCACAGGCCCAGCCCAAAUGUGGACCCCUCUUAGCCAUCACCUGAGCAACCAACUGUCAUGGCUCCGUGUGCUCCGAGCCCUGCAGGCUGCAUCUACUGGCCCCCACGUUCGGGAUGCCCGCCCUAUCCACUGCCGGGGCAUCGUUCUGACCGGUUGGCAGAGGUAUGACCACUAUUCGGUGCUGUGUGAGCUGCUCCCUGUGGCUAUUCCUUCCUUGGCCAUCUGUCUGCAGACCCUAGUUGCUGGAGAAUUCACAGAGGUGACCAAGAAGACAGUCAUGGAGCUACUGGGGUUUCAGACUAUCAACCUGGAGUCCAGCACCUGCCAAGGAGAUGGUAUGUUUCCUGGGGCUGAGGUCUAUCACCUGGUGGAACAAGUCAAGGAUCUGAAGGAGACUGGGCUGAAGGCUCUAGAGGAGGACAGCACAGCUCAGGGCUGGUUUAGCCCUUACCAUCGUAAAAAUCGGUUUGGGAAUCCGCAGAAUCUGGAGGUCUUUGGCCGAAAACUGACCAAGGUGUCUGAGGCCUGGGAGAGCCUGCUGCCGACCUUACAGAUGCAUUUGGGUGUUGUGUUCGACUCUAAUACUGUGGAUGAGUGGUUGGAGGAGUAUGUCUUGCCAGAGCUGGAACCCUUGAGGGCUAUGGUGCGGGAUUACCAGGAUCUCCUCCAGCUGAAAGGGAAACCAGGAGGGGCCCGGCCUGGAGAGGUUGUGCUGAACCCCCAAGUCAUUCCUACCCCAGGCCCUGGCUUCCAGGGGCUCCGUUCCAGGAGGGACAGUCCAGGGGAUGGCUCAUUUCGGGGCUGAGGUCCAUGGUGGUGGUGGGCUCUCUCUGAGGGAGGUGGAUGUGUAAA